GUAACGGCUUGAAUUAGGGGCAUAUUUCUUUGUUGUUUCGUUUAAUAUUUUAUUUUAAAUGUUUAAUUUUGUUUUCUCAAAAGGUUUAUUUUCUCUAAUGAACUCUCGAUGAAAAAUAUACUGGACCAUACCUUCUUUAAUUUAUACAUUUCACGCUACAUGGCAGCACUAUGCUUCAAGAAACGCAUAAAAUUUACCUACUCACAAAUUCCCAUACUUCUCUUUGCACUUCUCUGACAUUUGUUUUUGACGUAUGGUUGAUCGCCCAUAGAAUUCACACAUUCUCGCGGUUUAAAAUUGUGUGCAGAUGAAAGCUUCACCGUAAAAUUUUGUAAUAUAAUAAAUCAGUAAUUCGGAUUUUGUAAUGCGUAUUUGAGCAUUUUACUUUGCAAGUGCAUUAAAGUGUUUGUCAUCACAUUGAAAAUAGUACUCGAGAUUAACGGUAAUGGCUGAAGAGAUGGUGCAAAUAAAACAAGAACCGCUAGAGAUAAUCUACGCUGCGGAAAUGGCCGAUAUUGAAGGUGACGCCACUAAUCACAGCAGCAGCAGCAGCAGAAGUAAUGAUUCUUUUGAUGUUGGCGACAAAAGGGCGUAUAGUCUUACAAAAGCUGUUAAUACGGGCAAUUUUAGUGCUAAUGUUACAAUUAAAGUUGAACCAGACUUAUACGAUUAUACAAAUACGGAAACAACAGAAGCCGAUGAUAUUAUUAACCAACAGAAUUCAAUCAGUUUAGUAAGCAUGGCACAAAAUGUGCAAGUGAAGGAAGAACCUAUAGAUGAUUACCUAUAUAUUGCUGAAGAAUUCAACAUGUCUGAAAACCUAACAUACUCGGAGAAUGUUACGCCCACGCAAGAGGAUCAGUUAAACCAACUAACAAACGAUUUUCAUGUAGUAGACGAGCAUGAAAAUAUCAUUACUAUAACGGCAACUGAUUUAUCAACAAAUAACACAGAGUUGGCCUACAUGCAGAAAUUUAAACAAAAUAAUGGUCCCACGUGUAAUCGCAGAACUAAAAAAUUUAUGUGCAAAAUAUGUUUAAAACGUUGUUUGCAAGAAAUCCAUUAUAGACAACACAUGGAACAGCAUAGAAGGAACCGUUUGUAUUGUACUAGAAAGUCAUGUGACAACUGGUUUACUUCACUAGAACAGUGUGAGAAUCACGAACAUAUAGUACAUGAUAUAAAACAUUUAAAAUGCAAUGUUUGCAAUCAUAAAUUCCAAAAUUUCGAACAAUUGUGUCAACACAAAGAAACCAUGCAUGGCAAAUUGAAACGUUUUGUUUGUUCUAUCUGCCGUGACUGGUUCAUAAGUACGGACGAGCUACACGAACAUUGGCAAUCUUUGCCCGAUAGAUGUGGUCAUAUGUUAAGCAUUCUCAAUAACACACCAAAGCUAACGAAAAGCAUACAAGAAGUACUUACUACAAACUCAUAUAAAAUUAAAAGUGCUACCACUUACGCACCUGCCGGUUUGAAAUUGAGAUUAAAGCCAACAUUAUUCAAAAGUGCGGAACAGCAAUUUGUCCCAAAACAAGACAAUACACUUCAGAUUAAGCCAGAACCUAUCGAUUAUGAAAUGAUUCUACCUGAUUUUUCAGUUAAAGUUAAAAGAGAAUCUACGGAUAACGCUGAAAUCAAUAAAAGUUCCGAAACAACAGAAGAACAAGCUGUGCCGUCACUCAAAUUACGCAUACGUAAGCAAUUUCUAACUCCAACUGAAAGUGAAAAUGUGGCAUCUAUACCGACUCAAGAAUUUAGAACAAAUCCCUUAAGUCAUCUGCUGGCACAACGCAUUACCUCAAAAUUCUCCCUAAAAAGUGUGCCAAAGUACUUUAACUUAGCAAAUAAGGCAAGCGAAGACAAAAUUGAAAAAUCUCCACCCACUACUUCAUCACAAUCGCUACUUAAAUCAUCGGUGGCAUUACAACAAAGCAAUACGAACCCAACGCAAACCGCAAAGGUUUCACCGAAAAGUGAGCAAACGCCAAAAAUGUUAAAACUAUCAUCGAAUUUCAAGAUUGUAAAGAUGUUACCCAAAGAUACACAACCGAAUUUGAUUAAGUUGGGCAUUAACAAACCCUUACCGCAGGCAAGCACAAAACACACAGCGCCCAAGGCUACUACGCCGCAGGUAUCAUUGCUCGCCAAAACUGAAAAACGCGUGCCAAUGCCAGAAACGCCACUUAAUUGGCAAAAGGAUGUCAGCAACAAUCGGCAAUUUGCGGUUCAACAAGUUGAAGUGCCACCGCUGAAUAAAGUGGUUGCUGCUGCCAAGCUAGAAUCGUUGACAAAAACAAAUACAGAAAUAAGUUUAACGGAACUACUGAAUGAUGUGAUAGUGCAUAAGAACGAGCAAAAUGCCGAAAUGAUAGCACACAAUAUUGAUAUAAAAACGGAGAAUAUUAAAACUGAAUUAGAUGAGGAUAUAGUAACGCUACAAUACGAUGAUGCAUUCUCGGCCACCACUAGUGACAGUAGCAGCAAUGCAAUAUCCUUACGGAUUUACCGAGAAGAUGGAGAAUUGCCGCCGCGACCACGUUCGCCACACUUAACCCGCAAUCGAUGUCGAAGCAAACCCAAAAUGAAUCCUGAAGGUUAUAUUUGUCCGAAAUGUAGCCGCCGCUAUUCAACGCGCGCUAUGAUCAGGGAACAUUUGCGUAAUAGUUGUGGUCGGAAUCCACAACACGAAUGUGAUGUCUGUCAUAAAUUUUUCUUCUCGACCAGCACACUGAAUUGUCAUCGCACCAUACAUACCGGCGUUUUGCCCCAUAAGUGCAACUACUGUGAUAAACGUUUUCGAACACGCGGUCAAGUAACAGUACAUCAUCGUACGCAUACCGGCGAACGUCCUUUUGUUUGCGAGAUUUGCUCACAAAGUUUCACCCAUCGCGAAACACUCAUUUCACAUUUGUCGCGCCACAUUGGCAUGAAACGUUACAAAUGUUACGGCUGUAACAAACAAUUCUCCUGUAUCAGCGGUCUAAGCAUGCAUCGUUCCACACGUCCGGAAACUUGUGGUCAGUUUGAAUUAAAUACGCGUGCGAUUGGUCCACGCGUACGUGUGAUACGUGGACGCGUCGUAUUCGAACCACAACCGGCGGACCCAGAUGAUGAUGGUGCUGAAGGUGAUGAUAACAUGAAUGCUGGUACUGUUGCUGUUCCACCAGAGGUUUUAUCGGAAAUUCAAAAUAAAUAACAAACAUUUAUUUAUCUUUUAAUUUAAAUUGUUAUAUGAUUCGUAGAGAACGAAUUCGAUUGUGUAUAUACUAUGCUGAAAUUGUAUAUGAAAAUUAUGUAUUGCGAAGCCAAUUGUAUACUGUUACUUGAUAUGCUAAAAAUUUAGCGUUGUCUUGCUAAAAACUGUAGUUCUUAAGUAUCCACAUUGUUUAUUGUAUUGUGUAACAAUAACUCACACUACUUGUAUAACAUAGCUAGCCUGUAGUUGCGUGCGUUUUUUUUUUUUAUAGAUUUACACACAUACAUAUACUUACUUUAGAGAUAAGUGUAUUCAGAGGAUAAUAAAUAUUUUUUUGAAAUAACAUGUUUUUAAGUUAAAA